ACUAGUUCUUGAACUAAUUUGCACGCACUUGCAUAGUUGUUGUACUACAGAUGCAAUUUACUCUUUUUUGUCUGAAACUUCUGAACUUGUCGGUGAUUGCAGGUCAUGGUGGGCUACUCAGACUCCGGCAAGGACGCCAGGCGCUUCACGGCCGCAUGGGAGCUGUACAAGGCUCAGGAAGACGUGGUCGCCGCGUGCAACGAGUUCGGGAUCAAGGUGACGCUCUUCCACGGCCGUGGUGGCAGCAUCGGCCGCGGCGGCGGGCCGACGUACCUGGCCAUCCAGUCGCAGCCGCCCAGCUCAGUAAUGGGCACGCUCCGGUCGACGGAGCAAGGCGCGAUGGUGCAGGCCAAGUUCGGCCUGCCGCAGACCGCCGUCCGGCAGCUGGAGAUCUACACGACGGCGGUGCUGCUGGCGACGCUGCGGCCGCCGCAGCCGCCGCGCGACCCCAAGUGGCGGCACCUGAUGGAGGAGAUCUCCGGCGUGAGCUGCGCGCACUACCGGCGCACGGUGUACGAGGACCCGGAGUUCAUCACCUACUUCCAGGAGGCGACGCCGCAGGCGGAGCUGGGGUUCCUCAACAUCGGCAGCCGGCCGGCGAAGCGCAAGCCGGCGGGGUGCAUCUCGAGCCUGCGCGCCAUCCCGUGGGUUUUCGCGUGGACGCAGACGCGGCUGGUGCUGCCGGCGUGGCUAGGCGUCGGGGCGGGGCUGCAGGACGCGCUGGACCGGGGCCACGGCGGGGAGCUCCGCGCCAUGUACGCGGAGUGGCCCUUCUUCCAGAGCACGCUGGACCUGAUCGAGAUGGUGACGGCGAAGGCGGACGCGCCCAUGGCGGCGCACUACGAGGAGAUGCUGGUGGCGCGGGAGUGGCGCGCGGUGGGUGGCGAGCUGCGGCGGGAGCUGGCGCGCACGGAGCGGUGCGUGCUGGAGGUGAGCGGGCACAGCAAGCUGACGGCGCACAACCGGAGCCUGCGGCGGCUGAUCGAGAGCCGCCUCGCGUACCUCAACCCCAUCAACAUGCUGCAGGUGGAGGUGCUCCGCAGGCUCCGCCGCGACGACGACAACCGCAGGCUCCGCGACGCGCUGCUCAUCACCAUCAACGGCAUCGCCGCCGGCAUGCGCAACACCGGCUGACCGCUGACGCCACCUUCUUCUUGUUGUUUGGCCGCGUGUAAGCUUUCCUGGAUCGAGGAUCACAGCUUCAGUUUUGUUAGAAUUGAUAAUGGACCGAAGCCAAAUUUAAAUUUUUGUUGUUCAUCCGGA